AAAAACGAGUGAAACAGGUUUAAAGUGCGCUUUUAUCAGAACGCAGCGGUAAACCCGUGCAGGCUGGACUUGGCAUCGGACACAGAAACAGAAAGAGAGGUCAUUUAAUGCGGUGGACAACGAUGGAUGGCUGGCAGAUAAUCAGUGGUGUCGCCGGUGACUUGUGUGUAGUAUUUUAAGGGCGAUUAGCGUCGGGCUGAAGCCAGCGCCGCUGCAGCAGCUGUGUGAGCGCUAUAUAAGACUGUGCUGCUCUGCUGUGCAACAAUAACAGCACUAACAGUCGAUACGGGUGUGUUUAUUCUCUUAAGACGACCCGGAGAACCUGUAGUGUCUGUAUUUCGUAGGAUAGCGGUCCGCUUUCCCCUUCGAGCUUCAUUUUCCGUUUAUAUGUGACAGAAGUGAGGAUGAAGAAGAGAGAAGUGCUCGGAGAGACACACACCGCUCCUCAUCUGCUGUGUUGUGGGUCCAGUUUGCUGCACUAAAGAUGGGCACUGGAGAGCAGAGGUGGCCGAGCCCAGGCGGCUGAGCUGAGCUGAGCUGGCGCUGAGCACAGGAAGAAUGCAUUUGUCUUCCGUUGGCAUCAGCAAAUGCUGCUUCCUGGUCUCCUUGGCCCUCUGUGCCCUGCUGCUGCUGCUAAUCUCCACCCUGCAGACACCACAGCGCCAGGGGGAGCCCCCCCAGCCUCGGCCCCGUGCCAGGCCCACCAGAGCCGGGAGGGGGCACGAACCCCACAGCGCCCGCAACGCCACCGGGAAGAACAGUGCCGGUAAUACCAAGGAUUCCAGCGUCACCCGGCCGCACCCUCCUGGGGCUGGACCCCAGAGGCCGGAUGGGGACGCGCCUCAUGCCAGCUCCCCUGGCUCUCGGUCCAGGGAGCCUCUGGAGCUGAAGGACAUAUUUAUCGCCAUUAAGACCACUAGGAAGUAUCACAAGUCACGGCUGCAGUUGCUUUUUCAGACUUGGGUGUCGGAAGCCAAGGAACAGACGUUUAUCUUCACUGAUGGCGAGGAUGCGGAGCUGAAGAAGAAAGCAGGUGCCAACAUCAUCAACACCAACUGUUCAGCUGCCCACACCCGUCAGGCCCUGUGCUGUAAGAUGUCUGUGGAGUAUGACAAGUUCAUCGAGUCGCAGAAAAAAUGGUUCUGUCAUGUGGAUGACGAUAAUUACGUGAUCCUCCCCAGUCUCCUGCAGCUGCUGUCCUCCUAUUCCCAUACGCAGGACGUGUACCUGGGCCGGCCCAGCCUGGACCACCCCAUAGAGACCGCCGAGAGGGUUAAGAGCGAUGGAUCGGUGUCUGUCAAGUUCUGGUUCGCCACUGGAGGUGCCGGGUUCUGCAUAAGUCGAGGCUUAGCGCUCAAGAUGAGUCCGUGGGCGAGUCUGGGGAACUUCAUCACUACAGCGGAGAAAAUCCGUCUCCCUGACGACUGCACGAUCGGUUACAUCAUCGAGGCUUUACUGGAGGUUCCUCUGAAGCACACGCGGCUGUUCCACUCACACCUGGAGAACCUGCAGAGACUGCGCACUGACAGCGUUCUCAAACAGGUGACCCUCAGCUACGGUGGCUUUGAGAACAGGAGGAACGUGGUCAGCAUCGCAGGAGGUUUCUCUUUGGCUGAAGAUCCUUCACGGUUUAAGACGGUCCACUGCCUGCUUUACCCCAAGACUCACUGGUGUCCCCGCAACAUUCACCACUGACCUCACCACCUGAAAGUCUACUCCACAUUAAAGUGACACUUUUUUUUUAAAGUCUAAUCUCUAUCUGCUGGAUCUGGAAUGUACAGACCACUUGAAACUCACUUUCAGUCGCACUUGAAUUUGGCAUCAAAUUCUCUCUAGUGAAAUAGCGUUUGUUUUAAUGGUUGACCAAUUCGGUCUUGCAGCGUUCCAGAGUGAGUACAUCUCACAUGCAAAGUUCAGCUUUGGUCAUUUGAAAAUGUGAAUCCAGUUCAUAGCAUUCCAAAGACGCCACUGCCACCAUUAUGGCAGACAACUUUAAAUUACUUCGGCAGCACAGUGGCAGUUUGGCAUGAGACGACAGAGCCAUGACCCACCCAGCAAAGACAGUAACCGCCCACCUCCUUGUUUCUACACUCCCUGUCCACUUUAUCAGCUCCACUGACCACAUAGUUUCACUCUGUAGUUCUACAGUUACAGACUGUAGUCCAUCUGUUUCUCUGCAUACUUUGUCACCCUGUUCUUCAGUGGUCAGGACCCCCAUGGACCCUCACAGAGCAGGUACUA